AUGAAGCUCAACAUCUCCUACCCGGCCAAUGGGUCGCAGAAAAUCAUCGAGGUCGACGAUGAGCGCAAGCUCCGUCCCUUCAUGGAGAAGCGCAUGGGAACCGAAAUUGCCGGUGACUCCCUCGGUGACGAGUUCAAGGGCUACUUGCUCAAGAUCACCGGUGGUAACGACAAGCAAGGUUUCCCCAUGAAGCAGGGUGUUCUCCUGCCCACCCGUACCAGACUGUUGCUCUCCGAAGGCCACAGCUGCUACCGCCCCCGCCGUACUGGAGAGAGAAAGCGCAAGAGUGUCCGUGGUGCCAUCACCAACUUCGACCUUGCCGUCCUCGCCCUCUCCAUCGUCAAGCAGGGUGAGACUGAGCUCCCCGGUCUGACCGACGUUGUCGUCCCCAAGAGACUCGGACCCAAGCGUGCCACCAAGAUCCGCAGCUUCUUCGGUCUCGAGAAGAAGGAUGACGUUCGCAAGUUCGUCAUCCGCCGCACUGUGACCCGCGAGGGCAAGCCCGACUACACCAAGGCCCCCAAGAUCCAGCGUCUGGUCACUCCCCAGCGUCUCCAGCACAAGCGUGGCCGCAUCGCUCUCAAGCGCCGUCGCGCUGAGGCUUCUCGCGAGGCUGCUAACGACUACGCCAAGCUCCUUGCCAACCGUGUCCACGAGGAGAAGUCCAAGCGUGAAGAGCUCCGCAAGCGGAGAGCCUCUUCCAUGCACAAGUAAAUGUUUUUCUCCGGGGUUUAAUGGUCGGGUUACGUCUCUGUUAUGACUAGGGCGAAAAAUUCUCAGCGGACGGGAAACGGGGGGAUUUGAGUUUCAAAAGAGAACGCAGGCGCGAACCCCAAGACAAGCCACGACAGUAAUCCUUUGGUCCUUGGGGUUGGGCAUCUGCAGGACCAAACACUACAAACUUGGAGUGCAAAUAAAAAAAAACUAACAAUUAAAUUUUUUUUUAUGGAGUGAAAGGG